UUUAGCUAAACCGCUAACCAAAAAAUGUUCGUGGCCUAAAGAAACCUUGUUGUAUAAUUUAAUUGAAUGAAAAGGUCGAAUUCCUUUUUCAGAUAUAUUUUCGCGAUACUCUGGUCAAUGGCGUUAAAUUUGUAGGCCUCUUAAUCUAAGGAGGUGUUACUCAGAUUGCGCACAUAGCCAUAACAUAACCACGCCUAUUUCUCUCAACCAGGUCGUACUGAUUGAUCCUAAAUUUAGUAUGUGAAAUACGGAUAGUCUGGAAGCGAAAUUAUUUAUCUUUUUUGUUGCUUACUUUGAACAGAAAGAACAACUUCAAAUUCCCAAAAUGAGCCAUCCAUCUUUUAUCAAGACCGUUGUGCUAAUAAUUGCAGUUGAUGCAGCACUUUGCGCCUCCGUUAUCUCGAACAGACACUUUGUGUACCCGGACUUUUUGCCAGACACUGCGUAUGAGCCAGCUGGAUCCAUGAGGGAUACAGACAUCCCUAACUAUGACGUAAUGAGAGGCGGAAGACGAGGUAGAAUAGUGGACUAUGACUCAUCCAGCAGCAGCAAUAUGAUAAACAGACUGCAGCAUCUGGAGGAGGAGGCGGAGAGGAUCAGGGUGCCCAGUUUGAGCCAGAGGUCGUCGGCGACUGCUUCGAUCCGUGCCAAGAAAGCCAUGCGCAUAAGAAGCUGGAGUGGCUGUUCCCAACAUAUGGCUUCGUGCAACAUCUUGGUUGGUUGAUCCUUUCUAUUUCAACGACGUCCAUUCCUCCACCUAUACUCCUCUUCCUGUUGCCCCGAAUAAAAACAAGACGAAGGUGAAACUUGCUAACAGAGACAUCAAGAAAAAGAUCAAAAAGUAUUUUUACUCCAUAACAAUCAGAGUAGAAGAGGAAGGAAAAACCGAAAGAGGCAACUUGUAAAACAACUCAGCCUUCAAAAGUGGACCAUGUUUUGAGUUGUCAAUAAAUUGU